AUGAACCAGUUGGACGCACCACGGCCGCUCAACUGGACCAUCAGAAAACUCUGCCAUGCAGCGUUCCUGCCUUCUGUGCGUCUGCUCAAGGCACAGAAAUCAUGGAUCGAAAGAGCAUUCAGCAAGAGAGAAUGUGUUCACAUCAUUGUAAGCGCCAAAGACCCCCAUAGGUGUUGUUGUGGUCGUCUGAUUGGUCAGCAUGUGGGCCUACCCCCAGGCAUCUCCUCAAGUCAAAAUGACAAGGCAGAGCGGUUGGCCAAAAAUGACAGCUUAUCAGAGAAGUGGUCUAUCAGCAAGCACACCCAGCUCAGCCCCACCGAUGCCUUUGGCACCAUCGAGUUCCAGGGAGGAGGACACUCCAAUAAAGCCAUGUAUGUCCGGGUGUCAUAUGACACAAAGCCUGACCUGCUACUUCAUCUGAUGACCAAGGAGUGGCAGCUGGAUCUGCCAAAGUUGCUUAUCUCAGUGCAUGGAGGCCUGCAGAACUUUGAACUUCAGCCCAAACUCAAGCAGGUCUUUGGCAAAGGGCUCAUCAAGGCUGCCAUGACAACUGGAGCCUGGAUCUUCACUGGAGGGGUCAAUACAGGGGUUAUCCGCCAUGUGGGAGAUGCUCUCAAAGACCACGCCUCCAAGUCAAGAGGAAAGAUCUGCACCAUUGGCAUCGCACCUUGGGGUAUUGUCGAAAAUCAGGAGGAUCUUGUUGGCAAAGAUGUGGUGCGUCCAUACCAGACAAUGUCCAACCCAAUGAGCAAACUGACUGUCCUCAACAGCCUUCAUUCCCACUUCAUCCUGGCAGACAACGGCACGACAGGGAAAUAUGGCGCUGAGGUGAAACUUCGACGCCAGCUGGAGAAACACAUCUCUCUGCAGAAAAUUAAUACACGUAUUGGUCAGGGCGUGCCUGUGGUGGCUCUGAUCGUUGAAGGAGGGCCUAAUGUGAUCUCCAUAGUGCUGGAGUACCUCAGGGACACACCUCCAGUCCCAGUGGUCGUUUGUGAUGGCAGCGGCCGCGCCUCAGACAUCUUGGCCUUUGGACACAAAUAUUCAGAGGAGGGAGGGAUAAUUAACGAAUCUCUGCGAGACCAGUUACUGGUGACCAUUCAAAAGACCUUCACGUACAGCCGCACACAAGCGCAGCAUCUGUUCAUCAUCCUCAUGGAGUGCAUGAAGAAGAAGGAGCUGAUAACUGUUUUCCGGAUGGGGUCCGAGGGUCAUCAGGACAUUGACCUGGCCAUCCUGACUGCUUUACUCAAAGGAGCCAAUGCCUCUGCGCCUGAUCAGUUGAGUUUAGCUUUGGCCUGGAACCGGGUGGACAUUGCUCGUAGCCAAAUCUUCAUCUAUGGACAGCAAUGGCCUGUUGGCUCUCUGGAGCAGGCCAUGCUGGACGCCUUAGUUCUUGACAGAGUGGACUUUGUCAAACUCUUGAUUGAAAAUGGAGUCAGCAUGCAUCGUUUCCUUACCCUCUCCAGACUGGAGGAGCUUUACAACACGAGACAUGGGCCAUCCAACACGCUGUACCACCUCGUUAGGGAUGUCAAAAAGGGAAAUUUGCCUCCAGACUAUCGCAUCAGCCUCAUCGACAUUGGAUUGGUCAUUGAAUAUCUGAUGGGCGGUGCAUAUCGCUGCAAUUACACCAGGAAGAGGUUCAGAACUCUGUACCACAACCUUUUUGGCCCCAAGAGACCCAAAGCCCUGAAGCUGCUUGGAAUGGAGGACGACAUGCCCAUUCGGAGAGGCCGGCAGAAAACAACACGGAAGCGUGAGGAGGAGGUGGACAUCGAUUUGGACGACCCGGAGAUCAACCACUUCCCCUUCCCCUUCCAUGAGCUCAUGGUGUGGGCAGUUCUCAUGAAGAGACAGAAGAUGGCACUCUUCUUUUGGCAGCACGGUGAAGAGGCCAUGGCCAAAGCCCUGGUGGCCUGUAAACUGUGCAAAGCCAUGGGACAUGAGGCGUCUGAGAACGACAUGGUGGACGACAUCUCACAAGAACUCAACCACAACUCCAGAGAGUUCGCCCAGCUGGCGGUGGAGCUUCUCGACCAGUCGUAUAAACAGGACGAGCAGAUGGCCAUGAAGCUGUUGACUUACGAGCUGAAAAACUGGAGCAAUGCCACGUGUCUGCAACUGGCCGUGGCGGCGAAACACCGAGACUUCAUCGCUCACACCUGCAGUCAGAUGCUCCUGACCGACAUGUGGAUGGGACGCCUGCGAAUGCGCAAGAACUCAGGCCUGAAGGUCAUACUGGGACUGCUUCUGCCUCCCUCCAUCUUGAGCCUGGAGUUCAAGAACAAGGAUGAGAUGUCCUACAUGCCUCAGGAACAGGAAGCGUAUCUGCAGGAGAAAGAGGAGGAGGAACCAGAGAAGCCUGUGAAGGAGAAGGAGGAGGAAGACAUGGAGUUCACAGUAAGAUCUUACUGUGAGACGCAGUACAACUCCGUGGCCAUGUUGGGUAAAGUGUCCACAGAGACCGCCAGGAAGAAAGACGUAGUGGAGGUGCAGAGCCGCCAUCGCCUCAUUCCUAUGGGACGAAAGAUCUAUGAGUUCUACAACGCUCCAAUAGUCAAGUUCUGGUUUCAUACGUUGGCGUAUGUGGGCUACCUUAUGCUGUUCAACUAUAUAGUCCUGGUUAAAAUGGAUCUGUGGCCAUCAGCUCAGGAGUGGAUUGUCAUCGCCUACAUCUUCACCAACGGCAUUGAGAAAAUGAGAGAGAUUUUGAUGUCUGAGCCAGGGAAGUUGUUGCAGAAAGUGAAGGUGUGGUUGCAGGAGUACUGGAACAUCACAGACCUUAUGGCCAUCCUCAUAUUCUCUGUGGGGAUGGUCCUAAGACUCCAGGAGCCGCCGUUCAUGAGCUACGGCCGCGUCAUCUACUGUGUGAAUAUUAUCUACUGGUACAUCCGCCUGCUCGACAUUUUUGGGGUCAACAAGUAUCUGGGUCCUUACGUCAUGAUGAUUGGAAAGAUGAUGAUUGACAUGAUGUACUUCGUGAUCAUAAUGCUGGUGGUGCUCAUGAGCUUUGGUGUGGCACGACAAGCCAUUCUCAACCCAAAUGAAGAUCCAUCCUGGAUGCUGGCGAGAAACAUUUUCUUUAUGCCUUACUGGAUGAUUUAUGGAGAAGUGUUUGCUGACGAGAUAGAUCCGCCCUGUGGUCAAAAUGUCACCACUGGAGAUGGAGUAGUGGUUACGCUGCCUCCUUGUAAAACGGGGGCUUGGAUUGUACCUGCCAUUAUGGCUUGCUAUCUGUUGGUAGCAAACAUACUUCUGGUCAACCUUCUCAUAGCAGUGUUCAAUAACACGUUCUUUGAGGUGAAGUCUAUCUCUAAUCAGGUGUGGAAGUUCCAGAGAUACCAGCUCAUCAUGACCUUCCAUGAACGCCCAGUUCUUCCUCCACCCCUCAUCAUCUUCAGUCACAUCACCAUGGUCCUCAAGCACCUGUGCUGUCGCUGGCGGAAGCAUGAUGAUGAUGAAAGGGACUAUGGAUUGAAGCUUUUCAUCACUGAGGACGAGCUGAAGAAAGUACAUGACUUUGAAGAACAGUGCAUUGAAGAGUAUUUCAGAGAGAAGGAUGACCACUUCCACUCGUCUAAUGAUGAACGCAUCAGAGUCACCUCUGAAAGAGUGGAGAAUAUGGCAAUGCGUCUAGAAGAAGUCAAUGAAAGGGAACACUUUAUGAAAGCCUCUCUUCAGACAGUGGACAUCCGCUUGGCUCAGAUGGAAGAGCUGAUCGGACGCAUCACUGUAGCUCUAGAGAGAGUGACAGGUGUAGAGCGUGGGGAGGUGAACAAAGUGCGCUCCCGAACUUCUUCUGACUGCACUGACUCGGCAUACAUGAUGCGCCAGGGGGAGUGUCCUGACCCCUCAUACAUUCUACGCCAAAGCAGCUUCAAUAGUACAGAGGGCAACACAUACCGCCUCCCUGAGGAACUGGAGGGAGCCAUGGGAUCCAUGUCCCCCCCUUCUCCCACCACCAUCGCCACCCGUGUCAGGAGCCACUCAUUCUAUGUGGGUGGAGCUCGUGUAGCGGAGCGACCAAGUGGAGCAGAGCGAGCAGAGAGGUUCUUCAAAGAGCGCUCCCUCAGUCUGCACCGUGCCAACAGCUCACAGUCUGUGUCUUCAGCUGCCGCCCCCAAGGAAUCUAAGCCCCUCCCACUGGCUACGCUGGCAGUCUCCCAGCAGCACCGUCCAUCUUCAUGCAUAGACAUCUAUGUGUCCACAUCUGAGGAGGUGGAUCCUGCAGAGGUCUUCUUGGAUCCUCUCCGUGUGUGCCCACCACUCUAUCGGGGCCUGUCCCUGCAGUCUGAUGCUGUGGAGAUGGUGCUGCCGGGAGGCCGGCACUACUGCAGCGCUACGACCAGCGGAUUGGGCGACAGGCCUUCGGAGGGUGGCGCUGGAGCCAUGUAUGAUGACAGCGCAGCUGCAGAUCUAUCUCUCAGCUCUGCGCACCUCUUACCAGACACAAGCUUACCUCCCUGGGACACAGAGCCGUCACCUCCACCUUCUGCUGGACUCCUGGAGCGCUCCAAGAGCAGCCGCUACCUCUCCACUGUCGGCACCUCUUUGCUGGAUGAACCCUCUCUUGUGAAGUCCCACAGCCUUGUGUUCACGCCACGAGGAUGCUACGGAGGACUGGGACCGGGCGUUCAGGUCAAAGCUGCAGAGUACACCAGCAUCACGGACUGUAUUGACACACGCUUUGUGUCUACCCCCUACACGCCUGUAGAGCGCUCCAGCUCCCCUGGGGCCUCCACCUCUUUCCCUUUUGAUAAGCCACCUGAGAUUAUUCCAUCUCACCCAGAGAGAGAGGCUGAGCUGAGCCAUACAGAGUCCGAUCCUGAAGACCCAGAUGAGUUGAUAUCAGCCCCAGACACACCCUUUGUGGGCUUUAGUGGCCCGAGUGGAGCCCCCCUCUGCACCCCUUACUCGAGGCUGGAGCGUGCAAACAGCUGCUCCUCAGAUGACUCCCAUCCUUCGCUCACACUGGCUCCUCCACACAGGAAGAGCCUGUCGGUGAGUGAACGGAUGGAGAGAGGGCCGACUCUGGGGGCAGACAGGGGGGCUGUGGUCGGGCCUGUGUCUGGGGGUCGCGGUCUGGCAGGAUCCAGAAACCCUUUCCUCAGGAGCAAGCCUGGCUCUCGGCCUGAAGCAGCUAAAACUGACAGCCUCUCCAUGAGAAAGCUGGCUCAUCCCACAGCCUUCCGCAGCUUUGAUAGACAGAACUACACAUGA